ACGGGUUAUCCCCGUUAUCAUUCGGGUCUCUUUCCCUUCUCGUGAAGUUCUAUAUUAUGUACACCGCGAAAAGACUCGGAUCGUCCACUCCAUCCUGCGGGUUCUUCCUAUAAAUUGCCAAACCUUCAAAAUUCCUGGCCCCUCCAGUGUCACUCAACAUCCUAUUCGACGUAUGUGUUAUUUCGGGCCCUCAGUACGUGAGGUAUUGAAGAAAUAAAAUGAGUAUUAUACCUAAAGAAAAUAUUGAGGUCAUUGCGCAAUGUAUUGGGAUCAAUAACUUGUCCUCGGAUGUUGCUUUGGAUAUUGCUCCCGAUGUUGAAUAUCGUCUGCGGGAGAUCAUGCAGGAGGCCAUCAAAUGCAUGCGUCACUCUAAGAGAACUACGUUGACAGCGGAUGAUGUUGAUGGUGCACUAAACCUAAGAAAUGUUGAGCCAAUGUAUGGUUUUUCUUCUGGAGGUCUCUUGCGAUUUAGAAGAGCCAUUGGACAUCGGGAUCUGUUUUACCUUGAAGACAAGGAUCUGGAAUUUAAAGAGAUAAUUGAUGCUCCACUGCCAAAAGCUCCUCUUGAUACUGCAGUGUUUUGCCAUUGGCUAGCAAUCGAAGGUGUACAGCCUGCAAUUCCCGAAAAUGCUCCUGUAGAAGUAAUUUUACCUCCUUCUGAUGCCAAAAGUAAUGAACAAAUGGGUGGGUUGCCUGUUGACAUUAAAUUACCAGUUAAGCAUAUUCUGUCCAAGGAGCUUCAGCUAUAUUUUGACAAAAUCACGGAGCUUGUUGUUAGUAAGUCAAGCUCAAUUCUAUUUAAGAAGGCACUAGUGAGUUUAGCUACGGACUCGGGACUUCACCCUUUGGUUCCUUAUUUUACGUGCUUUAUAGCUGAUGAGGUUGCACGUGGACUCGGUGAUUAUUCCCUUCUUUUUGCUUUAAUGCGUGUUGUCUGGAGUCUUCUUCAGAAUCCUCACAUCCACAUAGAACCUUAUCUACACCAAAUGAUGCCAUCGGUUGUAACCUGCCUAGUUGCAAAAAGGUUGGGGAACAGGUUUUCAGACAACCACUGGGAACUUAGAGACUUCACAGCGAAAGUGGUUGCUUUAAUCUGUAAAAGGUUUGGUCAUGUUUACAACACACUUCAGACGAAGCUCACAAAAACUCUUCUCAAUGCAUUUCUAGACCCCAAACGGGCUUUGACUCAACAUUAUGGUGCAAUUCAAGGAUUAGCAGCCUUGGGGAUGAAUGUGGUUCACCUCCUUAUACUUCCAAAUCUUGAGCCAUAUCUGGGACUUUUGGAACCUGAAAUGCUUCUUGCUAAUCAAAAGAAUGAGAUGAAGAGGCAUGAAGCCUGGCGCGUUUAUGGAGCCUUGCUGCGAGCGGUUGGUCAAUGCAUUUAUGAUCGUGUCAAGAUUUUUCCUCCUUUGCCUAGUAUGCCUGCAGGUUCUAUCUUGCGGACGAAUGCUAGAGUUAUCACCACCACAUUCCCAAACAAACGCAAGGCAAAUGCCGACCACAUAAGAGGGCAGGCUCCCCUUAAGAAGAUGGUAAUGGAUAGUCCAAUGGGUGUCAUGCCAACUAAUUCAUCUGCAUCACACAUGGAAGGAGCAGUUAAUCCAGCUUCUUCCGGCAAUUCCAGUCUGGUUUUGCCGACAUCUUCUCAACCAUUGCAAAAUGAAAUCAUUCCAGGCAGCACUAGUAGGAAAGGCAAGUGUGAUGAUCAAAUUCUUAAAAGGUCAGCUGUCUUAUCUCAAGUCUGGAAGGAGGAUCUUAAAUCUGGAAAGUUGUUAACAUCCAUGUUAGAUUUGUUUGGUGAAAGUAUGUUAUGCUUCAUUCCUGCUCCUGAAUUGUCCAUGUUUUUGUAAUAACUAUCAUCCAUUUUCAAGUAGAAAAUAUUGUUCGUCUAGCUCUAAAAUUAUGUGUAAGCUAACGGCUAUUCUUUGUCUUUUUAAUCUAGAGGAAAUUUUCGUGCA